UUUUUUUAGGAAGAUUAUUUCGAUAAGUGAAUUUCUCUUUGUUUUCAUCAGUUGAGCCUGCGCAGCGCCUUUUCGAAUAAGCUCGUGACUGGUUGGAUUGGUUGUUGCUCACCAUGUCUGGAGGUUAUCCUGUUUUAGAACUCUCGGCAGAGGAUCUGCGCAUAAUGCUUGCUGCACAUGUUCAUGUGGGGGAGACAAAUAUGAAUUUCCAGAUGUCGACGUACGUCCAUGGCCGUACUAAAGACAAUUUUCACAUAAUUAAGUUGGACAAAACAUGGGAAAAAAUCCUCUUAUCAGCUCGUGCUAUUGCUGCGAUUGAUCAUCCGUCAGGUGUGUUCGCAAUCGGAUCCAGGCCGUUUUCUCAGCGUGCCGUGUUGAAAUUUGCUAACUACACAGGGACAACGGCAAUGGCUGGCCGUUUCACACCUGGUGCUUUCACUAAUCAGAGACAGUCUUGCUACCGAGAACCUCGCCUGCUUAUUGUCAGUGACCCGUUGAGUGACCACCAGGCUGUGAUAGAAGCUAGUUCUGUGAACGUUCCGCUUAUUGCACUUUGCAAUACCGACACUCCUUUGUCACGUGUUGAUAUCGUCAUUCCGUGUAAUAACAAAUCAACUCAUUCUAUUGCUGUUGUGUGGUGGCUUCUCGCUCGUGAAGUUAGGCGCAUAAGAGGUGAAGAUACUCGAUUGCAUCAGUGGAGUGUAUUGCCUGACCUGUUUCUCUAUCGCGAUCCAAACGAGGAGGAGCAGAACGUCGAGGAAGCUGAAGAUGCUAGGUUGGAGCCAGCUCUACCAGGGGCUGACGUUGAGGCUGCCGAGACGUGGGGAGUCGAGCCAACAAUGCCUGUCGGAUCACUGGGUGAAAUGGGGAUCGCUGCCGCUGGUUACGGCCCCGUUGGUGGGACCGCAGGCGGUUGGAGUAAUUUAGAUGCGGAUCCAACAGAAACGUGGUAGUUCAACAAUAAAACUUAUGGAAGAGUACAUUAUGUUUUCUUAAUGAUCAGCUGUGUAAUGUGUCAAUUCUGCUUCAUCGGUUCCGAUAUAAAUUCAGCUUCUCGAUGAGUCCAGUUAGAUUAUGAGCGACCGUUUUCUACUUAUUCUUUCCUUAGGCAGCAAGUUAUAAAAAUUGUAACUAUUACAACUUACCUAGGGUUUUCUAUAUGGAUGCGAAACAUGACCGUUAAGAGUAGAGGACUUUCUUAGGUUACUAGUCUUCGACCACAGGUGUCUUCGAAGCAUUGAUCGUAAAUCCUGGGACAGCCGAGUAAGCAAUGCU